CCAAUGUUUACUAGUGUCACAUAAAAAUUGUUUAUGCAGUCAUUUAAGUUUAACUACCCAACCUGCUAAAAUAUUUAAGUGACAGAUAAUAAAUAAACACUCCUAAAGCUUCAAUCCUUGACCCUGCCAUUCCCAUUCUCUCUCAAAUCAAUUCUCAGUAAUCCAUUUUCCUUGACAUACAAAGUCAUAUUUGAUUCUUGCUCAUGAGUCACUCCAGCAACCCUCAGGGCCCAGUAGAUUAUUAUCCUCCAACUGGUGGUGCAUAUGCUCAAAAAGGUGAAAUACACCAUCAGCCUCCUCCUGGUGCUGCUGAUCCUCAUGUGUCUUAUCCACCACCACAGACAGCUUACCCACCAGUUGGUUACCCCCCCAUGAACUAUGGUCCUGGAGGUUACCCUCAACAACCACCUCCCCAAGCCUAUAAUGCACCAACUAAGAACAAGGGUGAUGGGUUUUUGAAGGGAUGUUUUGCUGCCUUAUGUUGCUGCUGCGCUCUGGAUAUGUGCUUUGACUUUUGAAGGAUUGUAAAUUUUUUGCUGACUUGGUUCCUUUCAAAAUAUCAACUUUUUUUAUUUUCCUGGGUGAUAUUUUUGUUAUUUUCAUUGCGAAUUACUUUGCAAUGAUACAAAUUUAUCAUGUUAUCAAGACCUUUUUUGGGGGAUCAUCAAGUUUAUGAGAAUGGGUUGGACAAUGUGCAUUGUACAUUGACAAUGUGAUCUGUCAAAUUAAUUGUACAUUGAAAAUAAAUUAUAUACAUUGUACAUA